AUGAGAAGGAUAUAUAACCAGAAAAUCGUUCUCUUCACAUUAACCGCCAACAUGUCCGACUCCAAGGUCUUGCCCCGCAUGACCACUGGCGACAUGAACAUCAUGAUCGUAUGCUUCAGCGCUAUGAUCUUUGUCGUCUUCCUGGCUGGCGUGGUCUAUUGUACCUGGAAGCCUAGCCGUAACGGCGAUCCCGCUCCUGUCGACGCCGCCCCUGUCGCCAACCCUCAUGGCAACCUCGCUCACGACAACCUUGCCCGUCCUUUCGAUGGUAGCACUGCGACCCAUCACGUUAGGAUCUGGUCUGACGCCCCUCGUCGCGACAGCAACGCUGGGUGUCGUAUCCCUAUUUUCCAGCGACGUCGAGAGACCAGCCUUGAGCGGAACACUAUUCCCCUCCAGUCUGUCCCUGGUCGUGACCACCCUCGCAACGACGCCGACUAG